AGUUCAGCUAUUUUAGUGCGCAGGGGGAAGCCAAAUUAUGUUCCUGAGGUUGAAGUGGUCUGUCACCCCUUCACAGAUCAUCACACAAUGUAUAGCCUAAUAUUUUCUUAAAGUUGUCCGGAUUUGUUGCCACUUAAGCUAUGGUUUAAAUAUAUGGUAAAAAAUAUUCUGUGCCCCCUUCUCUCCACCAGGUGCUGUUGUAAGACAUGUUGCUGAAAGUGAAAUACCUCAAUGUAAAGAAGUACAUUAAAUUGCACGCAGGAUUCACUUAUCUAGAAUUCAUCAGUGAAGCCAAAACCAAGUUUGGACUUCCGGAUGCUGCUGACCUUGAUAUUUUCGAUGAAACUGACACAGCUGUCGAAGAAGACAUUUUUCUGGAGUUACUGGAGGCCCAACCAGACCUAUGCCUGACAAUACGUGAAAAGAUUUCAGAUGAAGAUUUUUGUCCUUUAGCUCAUUCCACACCAUCCUCCUCGGAUACAUUAUCUUCCCUCACGGACACUAUAUCACUUUCAUCAAGUGACAGUGACCUCAGGGAAAAGGGCAUUCCUGCAGGCCGCAGUAGAUCCAGCAAAGACAGUUCUGCACCAAAUGUUUCUGUGUCAGAGGCUGCAAAAGAGAUGGUUAAAAAUGCCUUGACUAGGAAACCUGGUGGAGAGGAAAUUCUUGAAGAAUACAAUGCCGAAAAUUCACUGAGCCACCGCACCCGGCGGCAGCUUGUUAACAUAUUGGCAAGUGAUAUGACUGAGAGACAUGGCAGAAUUCCCUCCCGUAAGCAAAAGGAGAAAUAUGCCCUUGGAAUAAUUACACUCUUUCCCUCAUUGAAGGAUCCAUUUUCUCCAAACGGCUAUGUCAAUCAAGACUUCCUGCUGCUGUUUGGUGCUGAAACAGCCACCAAGUUGCUUGAGAAGUGGGACAUGUCAUUCAAGCCAAAGGUUAUUAAAGAAGCCAAACAGCUGACUCAGUCAACUGACCUGUGUCGUUUGAUAAAAGCUGCUGAGAAACCAACAGAGAGUGAUGCAAAUGACUGGGACAGUGACAUGGCCUCUCUGCUGCUACUCCUUCAACUUUUGCCACCCACAGCUGGACGAAAGAGGAGAACCAAAAUAAGUCCAACUGAUGCAGCACACAAAAUGGUGCACUUUCACAAGUCAUGCUGCAGCAUUGAUGAACACUUGCAAGCAAGAGAUGGUAAACAACCAUACAUCCUCGCUGUUGGUCGAACCCAGAACAGCAUUGACACCUUCUACAUCGCAGUGGACAAACAGCUCAUCCCCUGCCAAGCCACCAGCUCACUCAGUGCUUUUGAUGAACUUUUCAAAUCCCACUACGUGUUCAACUUAUCUUACGACGAGUCACUGGUUCAUCUCUACAGUUUUGUGCAGACCACCAUAUUCAACAUUGAUGCCACCUCAACAGAUGAGUCACCACGUGUUCGUGAGUUGCGUGCCAAAAUAUUGAAUGAGAACCAUGUUUAA